GAUCAUUGGACAGAUUUCCUGCCCACAGGAAGUUAGAAGAACUUUGCAGUGUGAAGCCAUAGAAUACGAAGGAGUCUCAUUGGUUCUAAUCGAGUAUUGAUUGUCUAGUCAAUCCAUUAUCAACACGGGUUCAGAGCAGGAUAUCGCGUAGAUACGAGUGAAACUCGUUCAAACUCAUUCAGAACAUUCUGGCGUCACGGUCAUGGUUGGUGCUUGCUCACUGAGGCCAUGAAUGCCAUUCACUACUACGCCAGCUUCAUUCAUCUUCUAUAAUUAGAUACGGCAUACCGGUAUAAAAGAAAUGACACAAGCGCGGUCAACAAACACGCUGUCUCAUAGCGAGCCAAAACAUUACAGAGUCAUCGAAAAGAAUUAUUCAACGUAAGAGAACAAAGGAUGGGGAAAUGUGUGAACUUAUCUGUUCCAUUGCUGGCCAAAUGGAGAACAAUCUUUGAAAGUCGAGAUAUAUUUGACGUGCUCGGCUUUUUAAUACAAAUUCCACUCCAAGCUUUGUUUUUGUUAGGGACAAUAUGCCUAACGCUACAGAUUACAUGGAGGAAAAUCAGACCGCUUCCGAAGGAAAAACCUCAGAAAAGUAAUGACCGCGAAGAAAGAAAAGUAGAACCUUGUGAAUUCACUUUACAAGAACUAAAGAUGUAUGAUGGCAUUCGAAGGCACGAAAUCUAUGUUGCUAUAAAUCGAAAGGUGUUUGACGUAAGUUCGGCAUGGGAAUACUUCGGACCCGAAGGCCCGGAUUCAUCGUUAGCUGGAAGAGAUGCUAGUCGUGCAUUGGUAACACUCUCACAAGCAAAUGACUGUUCAAAGAUAGAUGAUUUUUCUGACUUUAAUGCCUUGCAGUUGGACUGUUUGUUCGAAGUAGAGACCCAAUACCUAGAGAGAUAUAACUACGUGGGAGACCUCGUUGAAAAAAAGCAACCCAACCAACUUCAAAACAAAUGUAUUGAUAUUAUACGAGGAGCGAUGAAAAGAAGCAAAAAAAUCUCUUGCCUCAAGGUUGAAGAUGUUCAUCGACUUCCCCUUCCAAGACUAAUACAACAUCAAAUACUCGAUGUCUACAAAACUGAUAAAGGACAUUUAUGUUAGGAAAAGAAAAAAAGAAAAACUUAACUAGUCCAAGUAUUUGGAUACACUUGGUUAUGGUAAUUCUUCCAAAUGAAAUAUAAUCGAACAUUAGAAUUUUAGAUAGAUAGCCAUUUAUAUAUUUUUUCCGCAUUCAGACAAGCGGAUUUGCAAACACUUUAGGGGGAAAUAAUACAAAAAUUGUACAUUACUAUCUCGGUUAUAACGCAUAUGCUGGACAUAGAGUGCUGUAAAAUAUUCUGAAAUUGAAAAUUACAAUAGAUAUUCCUCAUAACACUGUAUAUUAUUGUACAUAACAUUACAUAAUUGUACAUAGAAAAAAAUAUCUUUAAAAACUUCAAUUGUAAAUAUUACUCAAAUUCGACACAAUAUCGAUUUCGCUCAUAUAUAGAUAUAUAUACAUAUAGAAUGCUAAAAGGCAUAGAUUGCUAAAGAUAUUCAAAGAAUGAUAGGAUAUCUUUAUUAUUGUAUUUUUGUUGAGCAAAAAUACAUAAAGAAUGAUGAGGGUGUAACAGAUAAAUGGAGAAAAUAAAUCAUGGAAGUGAAUGCA